CCCUACAUCCAUCUCUUCACUACGAAGACUCCGCCGCGCGACUCCGCCGCGCGUGAGCGCUACGACACGAGCCAUGGCAUCUGUGCCGGACUUGAUGGCGGAGGCGCGGGCGGAACAGGCGCUGAUCACGGCGCAGCUGAGAGCCUUGAAGGGAGAGGCCGCCGAAGGUGACGCCUUCUCUCCCCGACAUGCGGUGGGCGUUGCGGGCGCCUCGCCAGUCGCGACCAAACGGGGCUGGACGGAGGAGCUUCCGGACGCGGCCGUUGGCCUGGGCUCGCCCAAGGCGAACACAGGCGCACCAGCCGCGCCGGAGGAGCUUUCGGCGCUGCGUGCGCACGUAGCUGAGCUGGACCACGAGAUCGUCCAGCGGGAGAUCGUCAUUGAGGAGUUGCAGAGCAAGCUGAAGACGACCGAGGACGCCUUGGAAAAGGCGCUCUUAUCGCCAGCAGAGGGCGGGCUGUGGAAGGAACGCUACCAGACGGCUCAGAAGGAGAACGAGGUCCGUGCGAGGGAAGUGAAAGAGCUGAAGUUCAAGAUGGAUGUGAAGGGGAAGGAGAUCAAGCUGCUAAGCCAAUACGUCCGCAAGCUGGAAGAAGAGGCGCGUGUCCGCGACACCCAGCGGGAACGCCUGCUGACGGAUGCGCAGAUUGCCCGGAGCAAGUUCAAACAGACGGAGUCGGAGCAGCAGCAGCUGGUCUCCAGGCUGCACGGCUUGGAGGAGCUCCUACUAGCGUCCAGCGUCGUCCUGAUUCAUGAAUGUGGAUGUGCUUUCAGCUCCUGGGUGUCCACGGUGCUGACCGCUCAUCCUGCCGGCAACGGUUUGCUGGAGAUCUUUGAGGAACCCGACAGCCACUGGGAGCUUUGCGCCGUGGAAUUGUCGCCCUUGGGGGUGGGGAAGAAGCCUCCAGUGACCUUGGAUGAGAACACUUUGUCGUUGGUGACCUGCGGCGUGCUGGGCGGCGGCGUAGCGCCAAGCUUGGCCUCGGUGGCCUCGCCGGCGCUGAAGUGCCCCGACAAGGCCUCCUUCAUGAAGUGGUCUGCAGCCUUUCGAAACCUCAACUUGCUCCCCGCCUAUGGCGCCGUCUCCGGCGAAGGUGCUGCGUCGCCCAGCUCGCCGGGCCGCGGCGUGGCGUCGCCGGGAGGCUUUGCCUUCGGGGCCUUCGGCGGAGCAUCGGUGGGCGUGGGGGCACUGGAGCCGAAGGACGACGCACUGACGGAGACACGGUUGAACUCGCUGCUGGCUGCAGUGGAGGGAAACAGCAGUGGGGAACAGCGCCUGGAGCAACGCCUGAUGACAAGAUGCUGUGUGGUGGUGUUGAAGGUACAUCUUCCGGAAGAGCAGAAGGAGCACUUAUCGUUGCUUUGCUACUUGAGAGCCUACUACGCAGUGGCGGCUUGGGAGGAGGGCGUUCACUGGGUGAACAGCCAUGGGAGUUUGAUGCAUCUCUACUGUGACACGGCCAUUCUGGGACUUCGGAUCGCGCUCAGGAUGCAGAGGUUGGCCUUUGAGUUCCCCAAUUGGGCGGCAGAUGGCAUUGAGAAGGAUCUGGAAAACUGCGAGACAACCUUCAAAAUUUCUGGAGGAAUGGAGGUGGGCUCGGUGAUCCCCAUGCGCGGCGACCUCUUCGGCGAGCCGAACGCCGCGGCGCUGCAGUGGGCGGCGGCGGCGCCGCCGGGGCAGCUCUGGCUGAGCAGCGGCGCCUGUGCGGCGGGGCUGGAGGAUUUGGAGCUUCGAAAGCUGCGAGAUGCAGGCUGCAUUGAGCUGGCACAGAAGACAGAGCAAGGUGGCAGCUGCAUCUCCGUGGAGGUCUCCGACUCGCUGAAGCUCAGCAUUCCCAUCGUCCGCGCGAACCCUCCGGGGCUCGAGGCCUCGGUGGAGGCGCUGGGCGGCGCCGAGGCGCCGAGGAGCCAAGGGAGCUUCGUGGUGUCCUUCUACGCGCGCUCCGUCGGGGUGGAGAGUCGUGCCUAUCGAAAGCCGAUCCAAACCUUGCGUCUCUUGCUGAAGUUCCGCGAUACCGUACGCCUGGCUGUGAGUCGAGCACAAGGUGAGGUCUGCUGGUGCCAUGGCCAACACCUCUGCGCUCUCUUUGAGACCUCCGAGGCUGCGGUGCUUUGCGCGGACGAGGCGCAGAAGGAGAUGGCGCUGCACAAUGCCACGCGGAAAGGCGAUGUGCAACUGGGGAUGGUUUGCGCCUGCGACUUCGGCGACGUCUUCUUGAACGGACGCGACUUUGGGGGCCCGACGCUGUGGCGUGCGCAGACGCUGGCCGAGGCCGGGAAGCUGGGCGAGAUCCUGGUGACCUCGGAGGUCCUCAACACCGAGGACUGGACCACUUCCGCGCCCCACGUGGAGCUCUCAGCGACUCGUGAUUGCUUGGGUGCCACAGGACCCGAAGAUUACAUUCACUACAGCGCGGAGGUGGACCCAGAAGUGGUGGCCAAGCUGGACGAGGUGCGCAAGGCCAAGGGCGUGGUCCCCCGCGCGGUGAGCGACCAGGAGAUCUGCGAAAGGCUCUUCUAUCCUCUCAUCAACGAGGGCUUCAAGAUCCUCGAGGAGGGCUACGUGGCACGCUCCAACGACAUCGACAUCGUGUAUAUCUAUGGCUAUGGCUUCCCCCCUUCCAAGGGUGGGCCGAUGUUCUUUGCUGAGAACUAUGCGGGAGAGGAGAGGGCGGAGGGCCGCGUCCACCGCGCCGAGCUCGAAAAGCGCCCGAAGAGCGGGUCCGAAGAGCCGCACGAGGACCCGACGCAGCUGCGCCAGGACGACCGCGACGCACAUUUCGUGCAGCGUCAUGCCCGCCUCCGGAGCGACCGGGCGCCGACGCCUCUGGUGACCACGGCGGUGCCCGUCACCGUGGCGCCGGUCGCGGCACCGGUCCGGGUGGGAGCCUCCUGGAUACCGAACCACUUGGCGAAGACGAGCAGCUUGGAGGUCUGGAGGCCUCCGGACUAUGCCGCUCUGCCAGCCAUGCCGCCAGAGGUUUGGUACGCCAGCCGAGCCGAGAUGGAGACGGACCAGAGGUAUCCGUUGGUGGACUCGGCCUUGCUUCGCUUGAAGGCCCAGCGUGCGGUCCGCCUGGAGAUCUAUGGUGGGAGCAUGACCUUCGGCACCGACUGUUGUGGCAAAGCCUGUGACAUGCAGCUGAGCAAAUGUGCCUGGCCCUCGCUUUUCACCGCGCUGCUGCAAGAAGCCUUUCCUGGCUUAGUAGAAGUGGACUCCUAUGCACGAGGAGGCUGCAACUUGGAGUGUGCCUUGACGGAGAUGGUCGUGGCGCAACGCAGCGCUCGCUCUGCACCUGACGGGCUCAUCUUGGACUUCAGCCAGAACGGAUGGGGUGGUCGAGACCACAAGCUGGAGGAAUUUAUCCGGAUUUGUCACCUCUUCUUGCCGGACAGCUUCAUCGUGCUGCUGUACAAUCGAGAUAUGGCAGAUGAGUUUCAUACAGUCAAGGACGACCACGACUUGAAGAUCCUGCAAGCGGUGGCGAAACACUACCAUCUUCCGCUUCUCAACUAUGAGAAAGCCAUGGUGCAGUUUGGCGUUUUCAGCAACCAAACGAGCCUCAGCCUCAUGUGGCCUCGACCCUCUCCUGUGAGCUAUCCGGACUGGGCCAAUCGGCACCCUCAAUGGCCGGGGCAUGCCUUCUAUGCUGACAUGCUGGUGGACUGGUUGAACAACGCGCUCGCCACCUUGCCGGUCACACCGGGAGCGAUGGCGCCACCUGCGCCAGCACUCCGGGCACCGGAGAGCUCAGCGGACCAGGACUGGAUCAAGCCGUUGAAGAGCAUGAACCUCGAGGCCGUGGAACUGUGCAUCUUUCCGUUGACGACCCAUCUCGCCAGAAACCCCACGGGUGAUACGCCCUUGCAAAGUGCUGGUGGCAGCUGGAAGUUAUUCGAAGACCGGAAAGGCAAACCAGGAUGGAUCACCACGACCAAGAGCGAAGAAUUGCUCUUCAAUGUCACCUUCAGCCGGAAGCCGAAGUUGGCGGUGCAGUACUUGCGCUCCUACGCGCAGCUGGGCACGGCGGAGCUCGAGAUCCGAGCCUCGACGGGAUCUCCCCAUCGCUGGACGUCGAAACAGUUGGAAGGACAAGGAAGUCGUCGGACCGUUUGGAGACUCUUGGGUUAUUGGCCCAACAAGAUUUCCAUCACCGUAGGUGCUGCAUUUACUGCCGUGGAGCCUGUGGAUGACUUCACUGAAGCCACGGUGGUGGUGCGGCUGUUAGACGGCCCCAAGUUCAAGCUGCUCUCGGUCAUCUCCUGCUGA